AUCAUCCGAAAUGACGUUCUGGAUUCUCAUCAGUUUAGGCAGAAACCAGGUUUCAUUACUUUUCUUUCUGGCUGCUACAGAUUUUCUAUUUUACAAAGCAAGUAAUUUCAAAAGAACAUUAUUUUCCUUACAUAUGAACAGUUCCUGAGGAAAAGUAAAGGAUUUCAGUCCUAACAUCACCACUUAUCAUUUCUGUGACAUGAAGAUGUUAUUUUUUCUUCUAUUAUGUGGCGCUUCAUCACCAGAAAAACACUCACUGACAGUUCUGGUUACUGCCUCUUCUGGACUCCCUCAUUUCCCAGACUUCAUAACCACCACCCAGGUGGAUAAGCUGCCAACAAGUUACUGUGACAGCAACAAAAAUAUCAGAGCAAACCCAAAAUAUGGACCAAAAUUAAUGAACAUUGAGUCACAGAUUGCUGAUUGGUAUAUUGAACAGUGUUUUGAAAUAAUGUCUGAUUAUCUCAAGGUUAAGAUGGGAAUUUUAAAGGACCUGAACCAAAGUGAAGCUGUUCACAUCUUACAGGUUAUUAUUGGCUGUGAAUGGGAGGCAAAGACAAAAGAAACAGUCUCGUUUUUACAGUUUGGAUAUAAUGGAGCAGACUUUAUCAAAUUUGACCCAAAGAAGUUGACAUGGAUUCCUCAAACUCCCCAGGCUAUCAGCAUCAAACCAAAAUGGGAAGCUGAUGAAUCCACAUCCCAUUUGGAGCGCAACAAGGACUUCUUAAAUCAAAUAUGCCCUGAUUGGCUGAAGAAAUAUAUGGCCAAUAAUGAAGGCCCUCUGCAGAGCUCAGUUCUUCCCUCAGUGUUUUUCCUCCAGAAGUCUCCUGACGCUGCAGUCAGCUGCUUCGCUACUGGUUUCUAUCCCAACAAAGCUGUGAUGUUCUGGAGGAAGGAUGGAGAGGAGAUUCAUGACAAUGUGGACAAAACAGAGAUCCUCUGUAACCAGGAUAACACCUUCCAGAUGAGAGCAGACAUUAAUAUUUCAUCUGUGAACCCUGAAGACUGGGAAAGAUAUGAGUGUGUGUUUCAUCUGGUGGAUGUCAAAGAUGAUGUUGUCAACAGACUGGAGAAAGAAAAGAUCCAAAUCAACUGGGGGAAAACACAGAAACAAAAUGAUGAGGAAAAGCCUAUGGGCAUGAUAGUUGGGAUCACUGCUGCAGUGGUUUCUCUUGUUAUAAUUGUUGCUGCUGUUGGAUUUAUGGUAAUCAAAAAUAGAAAAGCUCCCGUCAACAGUAUUGAAUUGUCUGAGAGACUCAAUCAAGAAACCAGACUGAAGUUAAAUCUGGACUCUAACAGUUAAAACAAGCUUAGAGAAGAAGAGAUGAUUCUGUUCUGUUCUGAAUUAAGCAUGCAAUAUUUUGA